ACACACACAACAAUAUUCUAGCUAGCUAGUCAUUGUGAAACUUGUCCUAUGAAACAAUUUCUUGGAUACACACGAUCAUAUAACUUGGUUAAUUACUCCGAUCCAACAACAACCAAAAAGCUAGCUAGCUAACAAAAGAACUGAGAAGAAACUUAAAUUCAUCAACUCCACUCCAGUUGGAUUUUGCAGUUAAAUUUUCAUCAGAAAGUGAAGGAAAAAAAAAAAAAAAAAGCCAUCUUGUUUCUUUCGACAAGACAAAAGAAUUAAAGGGAGUUUGAAAGCUAAAUAAGGAUGAAACCGUAUUCCAAGAACUUUGGAAUUGAAGAGGAAUGUCAAAGCAGUGAAUCUGGAUGGACCAUGUAUAUAGGGUCUCCAAUUGAAGAUGAUGAUAAUGAUGAUGAUGAUGAGGAUGAUGGAGACAUUGAUAACAUGGAUGAUGAAGAAGGAACUCAUGAAGCUCAUGAUGAUCUUGAAAGUGAUGAUGAUUCUAUGGCUUCUGAUGCUUCUUCAGGUCCAAGUCAUCAACAUUAUGGAAGAGACUAUGGCUUAGAAGGUUUGAAGCAAGUGGUGGUUGAAGAUGAAAACAACAAGUAUUGCUUAGAAAAGAAAGAAAAUAAAACUAUGGAAAAUGAAGGAAAGAAUGUAGAAAAGAAAGAAAUGAUAUUUGUGGAUGGUAAAGGCAAGUCUUCAGUUCAUGUUGGUGGUGGCAAGGUGAGAAAAAAUUACUUGGUUGGUGGGAAAAAAGGAGUUUAAAUAGAUUGAUGUAUUUUAUUUCUCUGUUUAGCAUAUAGUUUGUUAAGUAGUGUUAUUUUAGGCUUUAUUUCAACUAAAUAAUAGCUUCAAUUACUGUGUUGUUUGUACUGGUUUGUGUUUAUGUUAUGACGGUGAUGAAAUUUGAGUCAAGAAAAUGUCAUGGCCAUAUAGUACCUACUGUAUGCCAGGAUUAAAGAGUAA